CGUCAGAGCGGGAAAGCUACCACACAUGUCAACGCAUUUUAUCUAGUUACAGAUAACUAUUUCUUUAAAACGGUGUAAAGUAUUAUUUCGAGCAACUUUGGGUAAGUUAGUUCUUAAUACCAAAGCUAAAUAGCUACUGAUAAUCAGUAGCUAACUGUUACUUGCAAACUGUUCUGGGAGCUAGCUAACUGGUGGUUGUUAUUGUUUAGCCAGCUAGGAGCUUGUCAAAGAAAGAGAAGGUGAACGUCACCCUCUUUGACACGCAAGACAGUCAAGUAUGGCUCAGUGACUAAUGGGAAGUGGUCUGUUUUCUAAAUCCUAUUUUCAAGGAAGAGCCAUGCAAGCGUUUUUGAAAGGUACAUCUACACAAGGCACCAGACCUCUGAAAGAGAAAGGUGCCGGGACCAAUGCAGAGAAGAAGCAGAAGUCUGUCCCCUGGGUAGAAAAAUAGUAAGUUCAAUUUCUCAGCAGCUGUAAUGUAAGCCCUUGUGAAUCUUCCUUCAUAAAAUGUAAAUCCAGACACACAAUGAACAGUUGUUAUUCUUCCCAUUUAAUGUAGCUGCAGGCAAAUAUCUUGGUGACAAGUAGCUUGCUAUGUUUAGUCAGAAAGAAAACCCUGCAUUAAUUUGAUCAACUACACACUGAAAUCCAUUGUUUGGUUGUUUACAGUAGACCAAAAUGUAUGGAAGAGGUGGCGUUUCAAGAGGAGGUGGUUGCUGUGCUGAAGAAGACUAUAGAGGGUGCUGAUGUAAGUAUCCUCUUCAGAUCCAUUAGUGACUUCUCAUAUGUUUAGGGUAAAUACUGUGUGCCUGGGGUUCUGUUUUGAAUAUUACAUAGGGUGUCCACCCGGGUGAAAAUGCACUUGUGAUGACCUUUCACUACCUUAUGUCAUAAAAUACAUUUUACCGGCCUCCCGAGUGGCGCAGCGGUCUAAGGCUCUACAUCGCAGUGCUAGAGGCAUCACUACAGAUCCGGGUUCGAUCCCGGGCUGUGUCGCAGCCGGCCAUGACCGGGAGACCCAUGAGGCGGCGCACAAUUGGGCCCAGCAUCGUCCAGGUUAGGGGAGGGUUUGGCCGGCUGGGAUGACCUUGUCCCAUCGCGCUCUAGCGACUCCUUGCACGCUGACUUCGGUCGCCAGCUGUACAGUGUUUCCUCCAACACUUUGGUGUGGCUGACUUCCGGUUUAAGCGAGCAGUGUGUCAAGAAGCAGUGCGGCUUGGCGGGGUCGUGUUUCGGAGAACGCAUGGCUCUCGACCUUCGCCUCUCCCGAGUCCGUACAGGAGUUGCAGUGAUGGGACAAGACUAUGUGCACGUUGUAAUACAACAUUUAAUUGUCGCAUUUCAAACUAUCCUUUCGGGAGGCGCAGCUGGGAACUAGCUCUGGAUGAUGGUUAGUGGUGGGGUCGAUAAACAAGAAUUGGAGGAUCCUCAUCAUUUAAAUCUCCGGUUUGGGAAAAUUUUUGCUUCCCAGUAGAAGCAGAAAUGUAUUGAACUUAGUAGGAAAUCAACUAAAUAUAUUGAAUUGAUUAGAACAUUAAUUAGCCCAUUAUGACGAUAACACAUGAACAAAAUACAUAAGUAAUUCGUAUUUUCCUUUUUGAAGAGGCAACGGCGCAGGAAUGCCCCUGUCUGUGCAUUUGUCUGCCACUGUGUAGCCCUUAGCGAUGACGUUAAUAACAACAGUCUUCUGGUAGAUGGAAAGGCUUUCCCAAAACCUUCUCAUAAAAAUGUUAACUACAAAGUAGUCUAUGCAUACCUGGCAGAAUGAUAUGAUUAUUUGCCUCACUCCAGUGGUGAUUUGUUAAGCAAUCACGUGUGCUACAGAAACACUGCUAACCAAGCACGGCUCUUGCUGGUGUGCACCUAAAUUAAAUGGUAUAUCUACACCCAAAAAUGUAUAUUUCUUAUUUUUCCCAUACCUCAAAUGGUCUCCUGAUGUGGUUUAAGCAUUGUGGACAUAGAACCUCACAUUUUGUUUUUCUAUAAAAAAAAAAAGUUUCAUUUGAGUGUGAAACCCUGAAAAACAGGGGAAAAUCUGAAACCUGGAAAAAUAGAAUGGGCAAAAAAUAAAACCAAUUUUAUAAGGCCCUACAUUAUAUGGCUCAUGAUCUAUUCCUGGGUUAGUUUUACAUCUUUUUCCAAAUCAAAAAUUAACUACAGGAACUGUUGGCAUUUCAUUUUCCCGCUAAACUGAACUGCGACCCCAAAACCGCACCAUGACCCCAAAACCGCAAUAUGUGCCGAACCGUGGGUUUGGUGAAAUGUUACCACUUUACUAUCUUACCUCUAUUGUUUCGUGUCCUCUGGAUUUGAGAAGGAAGAUGAGUUCAAUGGUAAGCCUGUCAGGUAGCCUUAGUUCUCACAAAGCACCAGCCUAGCUGACACAAUGCUAUAUACCUGGUCUUAUGACAACAACAAAAAUAUCAGGCCUCCACUUAUUUAGUCACCCAAAUUUUGACCAUCCUACAAGGGUAAAAACUCCAAAAAGCUUUGAACAGAUUAUGAUAGAGACGUGAGGUUUGGAUCAUUGGCUUUCUUAGUGGAUUAUCUACACAAUUAACAUUAUUUUACCCAUUGGUCAAAAGAUGCAGUUUUGAUUGGGGAACCUAUAUUAUAUCAUCUCCGUUGCAGCUCCCAAAUCUGCUGUUCUAUGGACCACCUGGAACAGGAAAGACCUCCACCAUCCUGGCUGCAGCCAGGGAACUUUAUGGGUGAGAGUGACUCACCAGCUUUCCAGAUUACUGCAUGCAAACUCCCAAUUUAUGCAGACACUGCGUUCGUGGGUUUCAGCUGUACAGUGCUUGUAUACACCACAGUGAGUUUUCCCUGUCCGUUCCUCUCCACAGGCCAGAGCUGUACCGACAGAGAGUGCUGGAGCUGAACGCCUCUGAUGAGAGAGGGAUUCAGGUGGUCCGAGAGAAAGUCAAGAGAUUUGCCCAGCUGACUGUAGCAGGACACCGCACUGAGCAAGUACCAGUAUCUGUAUAGGGGUUAAAAAUUGCAUAUUUGGGCACUGAAGUUGGAAUGUAGUGGCUGUACAGGAACAUGCUAUACAAGACAUCAGAGCCCUGGCUCUGCGCUUCACAGCUCUGUGUGGGUUUUGAUGACAGACAUUCUGAACUUGAGCACCUCGCACGACAUGAAGUUUCCCCAUCCCUCCCACUAAUUGGGCAACUUUUACAAAUGUUUUUUUUGUCUGAGUGAGGGAAAUGCUAUAAAUUUAAGAGGACUAUGUAUUUUGAAUGUUGAGACGUUUAGGAUUAUAAUAAAUACCUCUGAUGUCCUACAAGCAAACCAAAUACCCGUGACUCCAAAUGUGCACUUCACAUUUCCAUAUCAUAAAACUCAUGUAAUAUACAGUGUCAACGUUUAUGGUCACUAUGUUUGAUGUACAGUUACAAGAUGACAUGGUCAUUAUACCCUGGGUUGUUCUGAACAGAAUGAGCCUAUGUUUGUCUAUUGUGAAGAAAAUCCGCAGCGGAACACGCACCGGAAUGCACUCAUGACUCUGUUUUCGUGAAUUGCUUUGUGAAAGCCUAACACUGUAAUAUUGUAUUUAUAACUUAGCUCAGGGAUCAUCAACUAGAUUCAGCUGCGGGCCGAUUUCUUUAUAUUUUAAAAUAUAUAUUUUUCUUAAGCGGAUGGUCAGGGGGCCGGAACAUCAUUACAAUUAAUUUAUAGAUUGCAAAUUGACCGCAAGAAGCCCGAACCGAUGACUAAAACAUCAUCACUCCAAAUCUUGUGUACAUUUGUAUACAAUUACAUACAGUAUGUCUUUCUAUUAUGCGUGGUAAUACUUUGGAACAGAUUUUAAAAAUUAAAAUCACUUGGAGCUGAUUUGCUGGUCUUUUUUUAAGUCCUUUUUUAUUUCCAACAAUGAAUUUAAAAAAUGUAUUUAUUAUUGCUCAAAAUUGGGGGGCCAAAUAAAAUCACAUCAGUAUUUUCAGAUUUCAUUAUCAACAAAAAAUACAGUAAAUGUAAAAUGCACAAAAUCAACAGUGUUUGUUUUUAGUGUUAAUGUUUGGAUUCAGUCUUGUCAGGUGAACUGUUGUCCUCACCUUUGGUCUAAUAAUUUCCCCCAUAAUCUCUAAACUGUUCCCUUUAAAUUGCUACCAUUGAAAUGCAUGUGUUUCAUAUUUCUUCUGAAGAAACAUUUCAAUUUAGCCCUUAUCCAUAUAGGCCAAUUUCCACGAGUGUAAAGGGUUAACCUUCAUUACAAGCUCAAUCUACACAACAAAUCAGAUCAUAUAAUACAUGUACUUUCCUUACCCCCUAUAACUAUGUCAGCAUCUUGUUCAUGUUAAAUUAGGAUAUUAAAGCCUAUUUCCAUUCCUUAUCUCUGACAGUGGGAAACCAUGCCCACCCUUUAAGAUCAUCAUCCUGGAUGAGGCUGACUCAAUGACCAAUGCUGCUCAGGCUGCUCUCAGACGCACCAUGGAGAAGGAGUCCCGGACCACCCGCUUCUGUCUCAUCUGCAACUACGUCAGCAGGUCAAUUGGGUUUCAGAUUCCAAGAGGCACACUAGAAUAUGAAACCUAUACAGGGGUUUUUUGGGAGUCCAUUACAUAACAAUACAAACUCUUUGAGACACUUUACAACAUGCUGUAAUAAAUGUUAAAUCUGUAGCUAAGCUAACUCAAUUUGAAUGGGAUUUUAUUUUCAGGAUUAUUGAGCCCUUGACAUCCAGAUGCUCCAAAUUCCGCUUCAAACCUCUAGCCAAUCAGGUCCAAGAAGAGCGCUUGCUAGAAAUCUGUGACAAGGAGAAUCUCAAGUACUCGAAGGAGGUAAUGAUUGCAACUGUCUCUGAAAUUUUAUUUUUACAAAUAAAUACACAUCUUUUUACUUAAAUUAAUCAUCUUCCAUUUUCCUUCAAUUCUGUUUUCCUGCAGGGAAUUGCAGCGUUGGUGAAGGUUUCAGAGGGUGAUCUGAGAAAAGCUAUAACCUUUCUUCAAAGUGCUGCACGGCUGAACACAGAUAAUGAGAUCACGGAGAGUGCAGUCAUAGAGAUAGCAGGGGUGAGUGCUUUAACUGUAUUACACUCAACAUCAGCAAUAGUUACCUGUUUUAUGCACUGUGUGCAGUCUUGUCGAAGGAGAGGUAUCGAACUUUUGCUUCUUGCUGACCAUGCUCACAUUCAUCUUUUUAAGGUUGUUCCCCCCAAGAUGAUCAACAAUUUGCUUAAAAUCUGUUACAAGGGCACAUUUGAAAAACUAGAGAUUGCUGUUCGGGUAUGUACAUUGGCUUUCUAUUGACCCUUCAAUACAUAUGGAUCUACACAGUGUACAAAAGAUUAAGAACACCUGGUCUUUCCAUGACAUAGACUAUCCAGGUGAAAGCUAUGAUCCCUUAUUGAUGUCACUUGUUAAAUCCACUUCAAUCAGUUUAGAUGAAGGGGAGGAGACAGGUUAAAUAAUGAUUUUUAAGCCUUGAGACAAUUGAGACAUGAAUUGUGUAUGUGUGCCAUUCAGUGUGAAUGGGAAUAACAAAAUAUUUAAGUGCCUCUGAACGGGGUAUGGUAGUAGCUUGAGUGUCAAGAACUGCAAUGCUAUUGGGUUUUUCAUGCUCGGACAGUUUCCCGCGUGUAUCAAGAAUGUUCCACCACCCAAAGGACAUCUAGCCAAGUUGACUCAACUGUGGUAAGCAUUGGAGUCAACCUGGGACAGCAUCACUGUGGAAUGCUUUCGACACCUUGUAGAGUCCAUACCCUGACAAAUUGAGGCAGUUAUGAGGGCAAAAGGGGGUGGUGCAACUCAAUAUUAGGAAGGUGUUCUUAAUGUUUUGUAUACUCAGUGUAUAAUGUGGCUGCUCUCUAACAGACUAUUCACCAGGCCAUUCUGCCACUUUCAGAACAUGGUAGAUGAAGGCUAUGCCGCCACACAGAUCCUUAACCAGCUACACGAAGCCAUCAUAGAGGAAGAGCUGAAUGACAAGCAGAAGUCUGCCAUCACGGAAAAGAUGGCUGUAGGUGUUUCAAAGGGGCAUAACUUGCAUUAAUGUGGCAAUAUUAUUAUUUCAAUAAUGUUGUGAUGACGACGCCUACAGUAGUAGUGUCUUAUUGAUUUGUCUCCCUCUUCCAGGUGGUUGAUAAGUGUUUAGUGGAUGGUGCAGAUGAGUACCUGCAGAUGCUGAGUCUGUGUUCUGUGAUCAUGCAGCAAGCCACGCAGAGUAACUGACCCUACAACCUCACCUCUCCUCAUGGACUGUUCCUCUACGUAUAAAUCCUAACCAACUGCUUUUUCAAUACAUUUUUGUAUGUUUUUACUCAUUAAUCUAAAUAUAUUCCUUUAAAUACUGUAUUUGUCAAUCAGUGCUGUACAAGUCAUACUUCAUGGGUCAGUUUCAUAGAAAAGUACUGUGUUUUCACAUCUGGGCUUUCUGAGUCAGUUAGGAAAAAAACACAUGUAACCAUAUUCUUUUAUAUAAAGAAAACUGAAUAAAA